UCAUUUCAUUUAAAACCGCGUUAGGCAUGGUACGAGCCACACAUCGCUGAGUUUCACUGCGCGAACAGACCCACGGCUUUACUGUCAGUCAGCUCUGAUCAUGUGCGAUUGUUAGAGAGAGCAAACUAGACAAAAUCUCAACUGCACUUAUCCUCUGUUUAAGGACAGCCGGCUGACUUCGGCUUUGAUUUUGUGAUGGCAGAACCGCAGCAACAGCUGGUUGACAUCGACCCGGAUUUUGAGCCUCUCUCCCGGCCGCGCUCAUGCACCUGGCCGCUGCACCGACCGGAGUUCAGCGAGCCGGGGAGCUCCAACACCUCCUCCCCGGCACCGUCCGUCAAGCCGGAGCAAGGUAUAGUGGACUUUAUCAGCAGCCUAAGUUUACUAGAAGAAACCGAGGACUACCAGGAGGAGAAACCCGUCCUUUUGAACGACUUCCACUGCCAGGACAACUGCGUUCAUCCACAGCAACAGCAUCCCCAGCAGCCGAAUCCCCAGCUGACGCACCUGCAACAGGUGCCGCCGCUCCCAGCCCCUGCCAGCAGCUCCAGCCCUGCAGCGGCCCAGAGGAAGAGCAGCUCGUCUCGCAGGAACGCGUGGGGGAAUAUGUCAUACGCUGACCUCAUCACCAAGGCGAUCGAGAGCUCCCCUGAGAAGCGGCUCACCCUGUCUCAGAUCUACGAGUGGAUGGUGAAGAGCGUGCCUUACUUCAAAGAUAAGGGCGACAGCAACAGCUCAGCCGGCUGGAAGAACUCAAUCAGACACAACCUGUCCUUGCACAGUCGUUUCGUGCGCGUCCAGAAUGAAGGAACGGGGAAGAGCUCGUGGUGGAUGCUGAACCCUGAGGGGGGAAAGAGUGGCAAGUCUCCACGCCGGAGAGCCACUUCCAUGGACAACAACAGCAAGUUCACGAAGAGCCGCGGACGAGCAGCCAAGAAAAAGAUGUCGAUGCAGGGUGGACUGGAUGGUGGUUCUAACAGUCCUGGUUCUCAGUACCCAAAAUGGCUCGGCAGCCCCAACUCUCACAGCAAUGAAGACUUUGAACCCUGGACCACCUUUCGAACCCGUGCCAGCUCUGAUGCCAGUACGCUCAGCGGCCGUCGCUCACCCUUCCUGCCUGAGGAGGAUGAGGCUGGUGAGGUUCCCAUCGGGUACCCAGGCACCAAACUGGGUGGCCCUCUCCCCAGCCUGUCCGAAGUGGCGGGUCACCACGGUUCUGAGAACGUGAUGAUGGACAAUCUCUUAGACAACCUCAACCUCAUCUCAACCAAAAAUAACACCCAGGCAAGCCAAGAGACCCAAACUGCGUUGUCUUCUCCCAUGAUGCAAGGUAGCCCUGGGUACCCAUCUUACAACUCUCCCAGUAUGGGUCCUCAGCCCCAAGUCCAACAGGACUACCGGAGGUGCCUGUAUGGACAGGCCAGGAUGGGUGGACAGAAUCCCAUCGCCAUACCUACUUUAUCAGACAGUCAACCAGGAGGCUACGGACCCUUCGUGGGUCAGUACAACUGUGCCGCAGGGCUGCUCAAAGAGCUGCUGACCGCAGAAGCCGAUCCGAGAAGGGACAUGAUGCAGCCUUUAGAGUCAGUGGGGUCUGGAGAAGGGAGACGGGUGCUACCUAGCUAUGCUGGUCAGGGACAAAUGGCACAGGGGGGUAAAAUGAUCACGCAUCCUCACCUACAUGGACACUCGCGCUCACUUCAUCAGUUGCCCUCACCAGCAAUGGGCAUGAACGGCUGUGCCCUGUUGCCACACGGGCAUCCUGUUCGCCUCGGUAACAUGAAGCUACAGCCACACCUGCCUCAUCAUGCUCAACUGGGUAGAGGCGGAGGUGAAGCCAGGAUGCCAAAUUACACCAAUGGCAACGGUUUCCACAGGCACGGACCGGGUCCUCACCACCAUCACAGCCACCCGGAGCGGCUGCCCAGUGACUUAGAUGACAUGUCGAUCGAGCAGCUGGAGUGUGACGUAGAAACCGUCCUUCACGACACACUCAUGGACGGUGAUGCUCUGGAUUUCAACUUCGACCCCAUGAGCAGUCAACAGAGUUUCCCACAUGGAGUCAAGACCAACACGCAUAGCUGGGUAUCGGGAUAAACACAUUAUUUACUCAAACACAUACACGUUGGUGAGGCAGGCUGUUUUUGAUUUAUAAUAUGAACAAACAAGUGUGUGUGAAUAUAUAUAUAUAUAUAUGUAAAUAUGUCAUAGACAUAAAGCAGGUCAAUCAACAGUUGACUAAAGCGACUGAAUGCUGUAGGUCAUACCAAAAGGCUACACAUACAAGAGAGAUCCCGAGCUUACAUUUCCUUCCCAUCUCCAAGGACUCAAUUAUUAAAAGUCUAAAAUAAAACAACUAUGAGUGAAAAUAAAACAGAAGUAAAAUAAAUAAAUAGAUUUUUGGCAUCACUGAAGCCCAUCAAAUUUAGUUGACGUAAUUGUGUCGGUCUUUUAAUUCUUUGUUUAUUUCUCACAGUUUUGAAUUUAUUUCUCACAAUUGCAACUUUAUUUCUCCUGUUGUGACUAUACAGUAUAUCGGGCAUUUACAAUUUUAUUUCUCUGAAUUCUGACUUUGUAAAUCCAUAUAAAAUAGAAAAAUUCCUGACAUGUCAGAUGUUAUUUUAAUUCACUAUUGUAGCUUUCUCUGUCCUCUCUCUCUCUCUCUCUCUCUCAAGUAUGUGCAUGCACCUCAUGAACUGUUUACCUCAGUCAGAACUUCUGCAACCAAUCAGCAGAGGCCAGUGAAUGGUCAUUAUUUACUGAUUUACAGUACAUUGUUCCAGUAGACUCCAUGAUUGUCGGGAAUCAUCAUAAUCUGCUUUUUGCUUGCGGUUAGUCAGAGUGUAAAUAUUGAAGCUGGCUAAUCAAAAAUAGUCACGUCAAACACUCACAGACAUUUGAGAUUGUUUUGUAUAGUUUUGCCUAUUUGGCCUUUCAACUUGGCACUGUAAGUCACUAAAAUGAAUUCAGGACAGAUGCUUGUGUCAUUUAAAAACUGGAGUGCUGUAUAAUGUCUGUUGUAGUGUACAUUACAGUUAUCUUUGUCAUUUCAGGGUGCUGAAUGAAUGUGUUUUGUAAAGAGAUGUAUAUUUUUGUUGUACUGAUGGGAUGGUUAAUGAAGUGUUUAUAUUUGUACAUUUGUAAGCUCCUUACAGGUCAUUUUAAAUGCUCUUCAAUAACCCCUCCCAACUUAUAAAUGUCAAAAAAGUCCUUUAUUGUGGCCUUGUUUGCUGUAUAUAUAACAUAGAUUUUCUCAAACUAUAUAAUGUUAUGUAUUUUGUGCCUUCCCCUCUUGCAACCUGGCAUUGGAUGAUGUGAUGAUUUCUCAUCAGUUUCUGAUUUUAAAUUCACCAUUUUUUAAUGUCAGUUUGGUAUAACCGUCCUGAGAUAAUGCAAAAAGUCUUCAUAUUAAAACCCCAUUGACUUUUUUGAAUUACAUGAGAAUGUAAGUUCAAAUAUAACCCCCAAAAAAACCGCAUGAUAUUCAUGAUUCAAACAUUCAUAUUUGAAUAAUGAUAAUAACAAUAAUCAUUUUUACCUCGGACAAUGUAUUUGAAAACAUACUAUUUUUCUUUCUUUUCCCACAAAUUCUUGUAUUUUAAAAUGGAACUCUAAAAUCCAUAUAUCUUGACCCAAGAUAUUUUUUGUCAUUGACUAGUUAAACUUAAUGGCAAGAUGAAACUAAUUUAAAAUGAGCUAUGCUGGGAUUCUAGAAUCCUCAGAAAAGGUCACUGGAAGCCACAUUCACUUAAGACUAAUUUUGCAUCUGUCUGAGGGCAUCAGGCUAAAGGCCUCUUAAAAUGUUUUUACAUUUAUGUUUUUGACAGAAAUUAUAUGAUAAUUUUGUGUAAUUUAAGAUUUUUCUCUGUGUUCUUGUCUUAAUGUUGUACAUGCGUGCACACACACACACUCACACGUUCAUUGUAACUGCAUAUCUACAAAAUAUUUGAUGCAUUGGGAUUUCAAACCUGUGGGAUUUUCUAUCCAAGCAGUGAGGUGUACCAAGAAGGUUUGUAAAUGAUAAAGAAUAUUUGAAACAUAUUCAUAUAUUUUUAACCGAUAUAAAACAACAAUAUAUGCUUUUCAGACUGAUUUCAGACUGCCUAUGAUUAUUCAAAAGUAUGCUUUUGUUUGUUUGUGUCUGUUAUCUAAUAUCUGUAUAUAAUAAUUAUUAUGUAUCAUUGACUUUGUGAGUUUUUUUCUGGUCUAGAUUCUUUGGAUCUUUAGACAUGUAAAUAGCGUUGAUUUUGUCUUGUUGAAUAAUCAGAUAUGUCAUUUGUUUUGACUCUAAUUUCUUAAUGGACGAAUUUGUCUCAAAUGCGUAGUGAAGUUGUAUUUUUUUUUUUUUUUUUUUUGCUGAUUUUAAUGUUGUCUGACGUGACCUAAUUGAGAUGGGAGAUGUUUUCCCACUGUAGCCAAUUGUACAUUAGAAGCAUACACUUAUCGUACAGCCUUUGUCAGAACCACAUGCUUUUUUUUAGACUAGUUCUACUUGGAGGAAGUGCCUAUUAAUAUUGUAAUGUAAACAGCGAUGAAGAAUUGAUUUUAAUUUAACAAAAAGAAAACUGCAGCUGUUAUAUGAAGCCAUAAUUGUAUAUAAAGGUAUGAAUAUAUGAACUAAGAA